GACAAAAAAAAACAGAAAAGAACAAAAUGCUGGAGUGAAUAAAAACAAGGAGGAUCAAAUGAACUCUGAAAUGAAACCUCAAUUCAAUUUUCAAAAUCUCAUAAACCCCUAGAUUCCUAAUUCUUCUCCCAUUUCCCAAUUCCAAAACCCUUAACACACAACAAAAAAAAUGUCAAUGUUUUCCCUACAAAACCCCAAUAAGCUACUCUCAUCCUCUUCAAUUCCCACUCCAAUUUCUCACACUACUCUCAGAAACUGUAUUUCACUAAACCCUAGAAAAACCCUGCGACAUCGUUUAAAGCCAGUAUCAUGUUCAUUCGAAUCAAUAGACAAUGCUAAGAUUAAGGUUGUUGGUGUUGGUGGUGGCGGUAACAAUGCUGUUAACCGCAUGAUUGGUUGCGGAUUACAGGGUGUAGACUUUUAUGCUAUAAAUACUGAUGCUCAAGCAUUGUUGCAUUCUGCUGCUGAGAAUCCUAUAAAAAUUGGAGAGCUCCUGACUCGUGGAUUAGGUACUGGUGGUAAUCCACUUUUGGGGGAACAAGCUGCUGAGGAAUCAAAAGAAACUAUUGCUAAUGCUCUUCAUGGCUCAGAUUUAGUGUUUGUAACUGCUGGUAUGGGUGGAGGCACGGGGUCUGGUGCUGCCCCAGUCGUGGCCAGGAUAUCAAAAGAAGCUGGUUACUUGACUGUUGGCGUUGUUACCUAUCCCUUUAGCUUUGAAGGACGCAAAAGAUCCUUGCAGGCUCUAGAAGCCAUCGAAAGGCUGCAGCAGAAUGUGGACACACUUAUAGUGAUUCCAAAUGAUCGUCUGCUUGACAUAGCUGAUGAUCAAACGCCUCUUACGGAUGCUUUCCGUCUUGCUGAUGAUGUUCUACGACAAGGAGUACAGGGAAUAUCAGACAUCAUAACAAUACCUGGUCUUGUAAAUGUGGAUUUUGCUGAUGUAAAAGCUGUGAUGAAAGACUCUGGAACUGCAAUGCUUGGAGUAGGUGUUUCCUCUGGUAAAAACCGUGCAGAAGAAGCUGCAGAACAAGCUACUCUGGCACCUUUAAUUGGAUCAUCUAUUCAGUCAGCUACUGGGAUAGUAUAUAAUAUUACUGGAGGAAAAGACAUAACUCUUCAGGAAGUGAAUAGAGUUUCUCAGGUAGUAACAAGUUUAGCCGAUCCUUCUGCAAAUAUCAUAUUUGGGGCUGUUGUUGACGAGCGCUACAGCGGGGAGAUUCACGUGACUCUCAUUGCCACCGGCUUCUCACAGUCCUUCCAAAAGAUGCUACUAACAGAUCCAAGGGCUGCAAAGCUUCUUGACAGAUUACCUAUGGGCCAAGAAAGCAAACAAACAUCAACUCCGCUAAAGGCCUCAAACUUUUCAUCAACAAUUGCAUCUAAAGCAUCUCCACGAAAACUCUUCUUUUAGCUUCUUUUAACCCUUUUUUUUAUAGUAGUUUCGUAUCUGUAAAAUUCUUUAAGCUUGAUUUAGGUAUAAUUCUGGUUUGUCCCUCGAUUGUGGCGAAUGUUUUUUACUAACUCUUCAGAAAAAUUAGCUAUUGGCACGACUUAGUAAUUUACAGUGUCAGCGUAACGUUUGUAGCAUUUUUGUCAAA